AGGGGGGCAGGAUGCUACACGCAGGGGUGGGCUGGGCCCGGAAUGCAGCUGGGCAGGGCUAUUUAAGCGCGGGGCCUCCUGGCUAGCCCAGCAGCCUGCCUUCUGAGCCGACAGCAUGGAUGACAUCUACAAGGCUGCGGUAGAGCAGCUGACAGAAGAGCAGAAAAAUGAGUUCAAAGCGGCCUUCGACAUCUUCGUGCUGGGCGCCGAGGACGGCUGCAUCAGCACCAAGGAGCUGGGCAAGGUGAUGAGGAUGCUGGGCCAGAACCCCACCCCUGAGGAGCUGCAGGAGAUGAUCGAUGAGGUGGACGAGGAUGGGAGCGGCACAGUAGACUUCGAGGAGUUCCUGGUCAUGAUGGUCCGGUGCAUGAAGGAUGACAGUAAAGGGAAGUCUGAGGAGGAGCUAUCUGAUCUCUUUCGCAUGUUUGACAAGAACGCGGACGGCUACAUUGACCUGGACGAGCUGAAGGUGAUGCUCCAGGCGACCGGUGAGACCAUCACAGAGGACGACAUUGAGGAGCUCAUGAAGGACGGCGACAAGAACAACGACGGCCGCAUCGACUAUGACGAAUUCCUGGAGUUCAUGAAGGGGGUGGAGUAGAUGCCCGCCUUCCGGAGCUGCAGUAACACCUUCCAACUCCCGCUGGGCCCUGGGGCGGAGCAGGGGGCCGGGGCCCCCACAAUGUGAUCCUGGUCGUGUCCUUGACCGAGGGCCCUCCCUGGCUCCCUCCCCAGCCCUGUCCUGGGGAAUACAAAUAAAGCCCUGCUCCCUGGA